UAGAAGCACGGUAGCUUUGCUACUCUGACAGCAGUUAGGGCUCAAACUUUUGUAAACAGUGGUAAGCUCUGGGAUGGCUGUACUAUUAGAAACUACUCUUGGAGACAUUGUAGUCGAUUUAUAUACGGAGGAAAGACCCCGAGCGUGUCUGAAUUUCUUAAAGCUGUGUAAAAUUAAAUAUUACAACUACAGCCUCAUUCACAAUGUUCAGAGAGACUUUAUUAUACAAACCGGAGAUCCCACAGGUACAGGUCGUGGAGGUGAAUCUGUCUUUUGUAAGCUGUAUGGUGACCAGGCCAGUUUUUUUGAAGCAGAAAAAGUACCCAGAAUUAAACACAAGAAAAAAGGAACAGUCUCCAUGGUGAACAAUGGUAGUGGCCUGCAUGGCUCACAGUUUCUCAUUACCACAGGAGAAAAUAUGGAUUAUCUUGAUAAUUUACACACUGUGUUUGGAGAGGUGACGGAGGGUAUGGAUGUAUUGAUGAAGAUUAAUGAAACUUUUGUUGAUAGGGAAUUUGUUCCCUUCCAGGAUAUCAGAAUAAACCACACAGUCAUUUUGGAUGACCCAUAUGAUGACCCAGCAGGUCUACCAAUUCCAGAUCGUUCUCCAGAGCCCAGUAAAGAGCAGUUGGAUAGUGGAAGGAUAGGAGCAGAUGAAGACAUUGAGGACUAUAAAGGAAUGUCUGUUGAGGAAGUUGAAGAAAUGCUGGCAGAAAAAGAAUCGAAAACAAAAGCCAUUCUUCUGGAAAUGGUUGGAGAUCUUCCUGAUGCUGAGAUCAAGCCACCUGAAAAUGUUCUCUUUGUAUGCAAACUAAAUCCAGUGACCACAGAUGAAGAUCUGGAAAUUAUAUUCUCAAGAUUUGGAUCAAUUAAAAGCUGUGAAAUUAUUCGGGACUGGAAGACUGGAGAGUCCCUUUGCUAUGCUUUCAUUGAAUUUGAAAAGGAGGAAGACUGUGAAAAAGCUUAUUUCAAAAUGGACAAUGUGCUUAUAGAUGACAGGAGGAUACAUGUCGAUUUUAGCCAGUCAGUAUCAAAGGUUAAGUGGAAAGGAAAAGGUGGAAAAUACACAAAAGAAGAUUUCAAAGAAUACGAAAAGGAUCUUGAUAAAGUUUCCAAACUUGGCCUGAAAGACAAAGCAAAACCAAGACAGGAUUCUAAAUAUGAUCUAGUCUUGGAUGACAAUCAAGAAGAGGAAGAAGCAGUUAGUGCCAGUCACCGCUCCAGCAAAAAACACAAAGAAAAGAAACAUCGCUACUCUGAUGAAGAUGAUGAAAGACGGGUAAAAAAAUCAAAGGAGACAGAAAAGGUGCACCGACGUCAAAGCUAUGAAGAGGAAUACUGCAGAGAGAAAGCAAAGAAUGAAAAGAAACAAGACAGACACAGGAGUCGUAGCAGAAGUCGAUCCCGAGACAGAGACAGCUAUCAGAAGUUCGGUAAACACAAGGACAGAUACAGAGAAGAGUACAGAGAAAGAGAGCGAGAGCGAAAAAGGGAGAGAAGUAGAAGUCCCAAAAAGUCUAAAGACAAGGAAAGGGACAGAUACCGAUGAAGACCUUAUUUCAAAGCAGGAAAAUGUGCUUUUUUUUCUUGUCUGCAUUUUAAUACCAGCAGGAGAAAAGUGUUCAGUAAUGCCAUUGAAUUUUGCCUUCUCCUUAUUUGCGUUUUCUAAGUGUAUUUUGUUUGUGUACAAAUCUUUGAAAACGAGUGCUGUAAAUUUUAUUAAUGAAUUAUUGCAGCAAACUUUAAAGUAUUAAAUGAAAACUUUAAAUAUCA